AUGAAUAACUACAACAAUGCUAACCCCAGAGGAGACGAGAACGAGAAUGAGCACCAGAACAGGAACGGGAAUCAUCAUAUACCUCAACAUCUCCUCGAGCACAUCCCACGGCCCCGCGAUGUAGUGUUCAGAUUGACCGAUAGGCAACUGGAGCUAAUGUACAUUACGUGGGCUGCCGCGCGAAUGCGCGUAUGCCAACAAGUCUACCACCCGGACUUACCACUUCACCCCAACCCAUUGUCUCCGGUGUGGCCAGAUGAAAGACGUGCAAUGAUGACACUAUGGAUCGCGAGGGAGCGCCAAAUGUUCGAGAUGGAGAUGAGAGAACUCGAGUACCUUCUGGGACUCGGAGGCGCACACAAGUGUGGAGGUGAUAGCUUCGGUGGGAGGUCAACCAAAACGCUCUCCAAGACUGAAGCUGCCUUAGUAUACAUAUAUUCCAAUAGGGCAGUGGCUAAAGAUAGGCCGCUAAAAUCAAUCUUGAAAUGUCAGGGGAGAUGUAACUGUUAUGUUACAUCAAAGGAUGAAGUGUUCUCCACCAGAUUGUCAUCAGCCAAAGAUUGGUUUGAUGCAAGCACAACUAUCGGAACCACCUGGGGGCAGGGGAUUAUCCCUGAUCUCGAGCCUUCAAAUUGUGCAGGCACUGGCUACCGCUGUGACAGCGAGGGGGGAAUCGCCCUGAGUUUAGUGAGACUCCAAGUUGGAAUUGAAGCCUGGGUGACCACUGCCAAUCACCAUUAUGAGUAG